AUGAAGACUACCACAGCCGUUGCCACCGCCGCUUUCUCCAGCAUCGCAGCCGCCACAGGAAGCUUGCACCACUAUGGCGGUAGCUACCCGCCAUACGCCACGAAGAACUGCCCGUUCAUCCCUUCGGCCGAUCAAUUCGUCCUCUUUGCCGACAACAUUCAGACAGUCUCGCAGUACUAUCCAGACAAAUCCUUUCUGAGAUCGCAGGAUCUCUACGUCGAGACUGCUAACGAUCUGGCCACGGCUUCUCAAUUCACCAUCCCCGACUUCGCUGCGGGUGCCACCUGCUCCUUGAACCUCGCCGUCCCAAGCCCAGACCAGAUCUAUGGUGAUCUGUCCCAGGCCAUCUUCAGUGGUGGUGGAAGCUUAAACUUCUCACAGCUGGACCUCGAACUCCCAAGCACUGGCUUGACGUUCAAUACGCUCGGUGGCCUGCAAAACGAUGGUGUCCUGAAAGUGAUCCCAGGACAGUUGCUUACAGUGGCGCCUAGCUUCCCCUGCCCACCUCCUGGCACCGUCCUCCCAGGCAUCAUCCAAUCUGUUGACACCACCCUCGUCGUGCGUGACGCUGUGGGACCUGUCUGCCUCUCGGGUCUUUUCGUCUUGAUCGAGCCUGCUGGGAACGCACCCUAUAGCGCCCCGCCGUCCCACACGACCGCCUAUACGACCACUAGUUACACCAGCACCUAUAGCACCUACAGCGUUGCUGCCACUUACAGCAGCAAAUGGUCGGCUUGA